AUGGCAGCGGCUGGCCUAAUCGAUCCGACAAAGACGGGCAACUAUCCCGUGAUCCUCGGCGAUGCUCUCUUAGGCAAGACAUCCAACGAGAUCUUCACCGGUAUUAAGUACAAUCACAAGCCGACACUCUCGUCAGACUCAGCCCCCAACUUAGCUCGCAUAAAACCCUCUAUCCCCGGAAAGACGGCAUCCUACGACCUCACCUAUACCGACAACGACGCAAAGUACGCGUUUACAGGGACAAGAAAUAAGGAUAGUGGUCAAUAUGUUCUUUACUUCGACCCCAGCCGCGAGGCCUUUAUCCUCGAUCUUGUCGACUCUACUUUCAACAUGAACGUCACCCGACUGCCUGGUAACACCGAUGCUGACAGUCUCCGUCGACAAUAUCCUCACAUCGACAGCGCAUCAAACGGCGUAUCGAAAACAAACACAAAGGUUGAAAAGAGUGCCUCCGACAAAUCCAAUGCCAAAGCACGCGUCAAAUCCACCACACAGAAGAGAGAUAUCAAGCGCAAGCCCGAGAAGAAGCAGCCCCCCAAGAAUAUCGAGCUCUCACUACCAGUGCCUCAAUCUAAUGAGCAAUCAAAACCUGCGGAACCCAAGAAGCGCACACCAGCCCCCGAAGAAGAGGACGAGGACGAGGACGAUGACGAUGGUGGUCUUCUUGUCGAGUAUCCUGGCGCCGACACCAACACAGCGCGUAGGACUGACUUCUCGCCUGCUUUCCCGUCUGUGCGCCGCUUUGACGAAUUCAUGGAUCAGCGCGAGUCUGAAGGUGAUGAUGCCGACGGCGAGGAAGAUGAUGAUCCGGAUUUUGAGUUCAAGCUGCCCAGCCCUGUCAACAACCGUAGCCAAUACGAGACUGGACCCGAUCCUAUGGAUGUCGACGGGGAAGAGGAAGGGGAGGAAGGACUAGAAGUCGACCUCGCCAAAGAACUCGAGGACGCGUUUGAAAACCUGGAGAACAGCCAGCAAGAAAGCCCCGAUGGGGAUGAGAGUGAGAUUAGUGAAGAGGACUAA